UACAGGAAGUAGCCUGGUUUGCACAUGAUCAACGGGGUGAGUAAAUAAUAGCUUCUUCUUUUUUUUCUGAAUCUCUAAACAGAAUAAGAUUUUUUUUCUUUUUGUUUUCUGUAUGGUUGAUCAUGCAAAUUUAGCAUAUUGUGAAGUUCUCCUUUUGUUUCCGUGAAAUCUGAUUUGGACCUAUUUUACUUGGAAGAAUUCAUGUAAACUAAUUCGGAGUACCUGGAGCCAUUUAGCCAAGAUCGCUGGAUUUGAUUGUAAGAGUUUCUAAGGACCAGAUUUUUAAAAGCAACCAGAUAACACUGUAACCUAUAAAAAGAUGUCUUCAGUGUGGACUUCUGUCCUUCCCUGGGUAUUUUGGUGUUUGUUCAGCUCAAUAGCAACGACAAAUCCAAUGAAACCAAAACCUAUAAAUAUCCAUAAGGAGAGAGCAACAAAAGGAGAGGGAUCAUGUGUCACAAUUAGCUGCAGUUAUCAGUUUCAAGAAAGUAUGACACUUUUGUGGCUUAAAGAUCCUAAGUGGAAUGCAACGAAACAUGCAUUUGAUGGAACGGUUGUAUAUAGCAAUACAAAGGAGCGGCCACAGGACCUUGAGUACUCUAACAGAGUGAAAUUUUUUCACGAACCCAUUAAUUGGGCCACAUGCUCAUUAAAAAUUAAUGAUCUUAAAGUGAACGACAGUGGAAACUAUACGUUUAGGUACAUAAAAGGAAGUGACAAAUAUUUGAGUAGUGCAUUUACUCUCACAGUCAUGGAAAAUCCCUGCAAGGUCCACAUUAAGCCACCACAUUUGAAUAGGUCACUUAAAGAAGGUGACACUGUGAGUUUAUACUGUGCAACAUCAGCAAAAUGUGAGUCAUAUCCUCAAUGGCAGUCGUCUGUUCCAAGUGAUUUUGAUGUGAAAAUGGAUGGUAAUGUUGAAGAAAAAUACAGUGAGCUGAAAUUGACCUUAAACUGGAAAGAUGAUGGGAGAACUUUGAUAUGUCAACCUUCUGAUAGCACUUAUGUGGACUGCCUGGAUAGGAGUUUUACACUUAAAGUGGAAUAUGCACCCAAAGAAACAAAAGUGUCUGAGACUUCUAAGGAUGUGAAAGAAGGAGAACAAGUGAAAAUAUCAUGCUCCAGCAAGGCCCAACCUAAGCCUAACUUCACAUGGUUUAAACAUCAAAACUCUUUUUCCCAGACUGGAGAAAAUCUUAGUUUAUAUGUUAAGGCACCAGCCGAUGGAGGCAGAUUCUACUGUCAGGCUAAAAAUGAACAUGGACGUGACAAUUCAACGAACAUACUAAUCAAUGUCAUUUAUGCACCAAAAGGUGUCAAUAUCAGUCCUGCAUUCAAGAACCUCACCGAAGGAGAGCAGCUUACUCUCACAUGCUUGGUGCAAGACAGCAAUCCAGCAGUCGAAAGGCAUUCCUAUAAAUGGUACAAAGAUGGUCAAGAGAUUAAUUAUCAAACAGAUACACUUACUGUGUUAGGUGUAAAACAAACUGAUCAAGGAGACUACCAAUGUAAGGCCAAAAAUUCAGUAGGAGAGACCAAAUCUGUCGACAUUACCAAAGUAUCUGUGUUUCAUGUUCCACAAAAUGCAUCAAUUCAGGGCGUAAGCAAAAUAAAGUUGGGUUUCAGCCUUAACCUUAAAUGCGUUGUAUUGGCGAAUCCUCUUCCUAACAGAUAUUACUGGUAUUUUAAACCAGAACGUGAAGAACGGUUUCUCAUGCUUUCACACAAGUACGAAGUGUACCGGAUUGAGAAUGUGGCUGUUAGUAAUGCUGGAGUGUAUGUGUGUAGUGCAGAGAAUGUUAUAGGUACAGGAGGAAACUCUUCUGAAGUGAAUGUUCUGGUGCUCUAUCCACCCAAAAAACCAAAUCUGACCAUGAAACAAGUUGUAAAGGAAAAUGAAUUUUAUUCUAUCACAUGUUCUGUAGAAAGCUCACCCCAGGCAAAACUCAUGCUUAGCAGAUCCUCUCUGACAAACCCUGAAAAUGGCAGAAUAAUAAAAACAGUUGAGAUCAACUUUCUCAAUUUUACUUCCAAAGCAUUAAUGGAACAUGCAGGUGUGUACAAUUGCUCAGCGAAAAACUCAGAGGGACAAAACUCAGCAAAUCAAUACCUGGAGGUUUUGUAUGCCCCUAAAAAUGUUAUAGCAUCAGCAUCUCCUGGUAACGAGCUAAAGGAAGGAUCUGAACUUAAACUUACCUGCAAAGCUGAUUCUGUGCCCCAAGUGACUGCUUACACAUGGAAGAAAUCCUCAAGAGCACACUCAGUGACAGUAGGAAAUGGACAGACAUUAACACUCACUUUAGUGAAGAGCUCGGACUCGGACCAUUACUUUUGUAUCACCAGCAAUGAAAUCGGAAGCGCUGAGUCCCCACCAAUAUAUAUCAGAGUCAAAUAUCAGCCACACAUAACCAUUACCCAUAAUAUGACAUCACUGGGUCUAUUGGAUGAGGCGGUUCCAGUCCACCUAACUUGUAGUGUUCAGUGUGAUCCACCAGCCACUUUCUUUGCAUGGUACAGGCUGGAGGAAAAAGACACUGUCUUGUCAAAUAACCAGAAUUACACAGUACAGCCACAAAACCCAGGAAUGUACUACUGUGAAGCAAGCAAUGAAAUCGGGAAAUCAAGAUCUGUCCCAUUCGAAAUAAAUCAUAACCAAUACAUUAAACUGGCCAUUAAGAUCAUCAUCUCCUUGUUGGCCAUCCUCUUUCUGAUCGGUGUCCUGUUCCUGCUUCUGAGAAUUGUCCUGACAAAAAGAUGUAAAGGAACAAAUGAGGCACCUCAACGGUCAUUUUUCUUCUCAGCAGCUCCAUUAUGGUCAAACUUGCGCUCAUCUGGCUCACGUAACAACAUUAGGGAGAACCUGGUGAUGGAGGGAUCUUCAGAGAUCUUUGGGAUCAGAGACAAUCAUUCAAGCACUGCUGUUCACUCAAAUCCCCAAGCCAACAGGAACACAGCAGCAGGAAGGCCAAAUUAUGACAUUCAAACAACCUACGAUGUUUUGAAGUUGCCACCAACUAAGCUGAAACAUCGUCAUACAGAAGAGGAUUUAACCACUGUGAACUAUGCUAUGCUACAGUUCAUGAACAACAAUCCAAAUAAAAGUGUACCAAGCCAUGAAAGUGGUGAGCCAGACUAUGCUCAAGUUUCAAAACAGAAACAUAUAGCAAAAGAACAACAAGGUGGUCAUGAAGAUUAUGAAAACGUGUCUGGUGGGUGCACUAAGAAGCAGCCAUUUCCAAACAUAAACUGGGACUCGGACACCAGUGAAUCAGAAGAUGAGGUGAAUUAUACAAAAGUGUCAUUCACUGCAACAUCACACCAUAAUCCACAGAAGGAUAAACACUUUUCAGAUGAGGAAGACAAAACCGAAUACUCUGAGGUCAAAAUUUAAGGCUAAAAGAAUAUUUAUGAAUGUGUUUAUAUAAAGCAAUAAGUAUCCAGUAUUCUAUACAGAGCACCAUUGUGUGCUUCUAUGGGAGUAAGUCUUUUCAUUUAUCUGUGGCUAAAUAUUCCAUAUCUGAUUCUAAUUUAACUGAAUGUUAAGUGCUAGUUUCUCAAAUGUGGGGGUAAAAACAGUCUACGUAAAGAUGUUUAAAACCUUGCUUACUAAUUGUGAUUUCCACUCACAGUGAAUGUUCAGUUUGAAAUUAAAUAAUGACAAUUAAAUAUUUGAGAACAUUUACAUUGGUGAUUUUUGCUGAUAAUUAAAGUGAUGACAUUUUUUUGCUCAAACUGUGUACAUUAUUGUAUGUUAUAAAUGUGUGAAAGUUUUUAAUGUCAUUUAAUUUAGUUUCUUAUCAAAAUGUGUGCAAAUAAGGUUCAAGAUUUUUUUGGGAAAAGGAAAGUACACCCUCCUAAAAUUCUAUUUUUUUUUUUCAUUUUUAUAAUGUUGACAAAAAUAUUUGUAAAGAUUAUUACUAGUAUGUAGAACGACCUUUAGAAGCAAUAAUUUGAAGUAUUCUUUGUGAUUGGUUUGAGGAUUUUUGGCCCACACAUUGCUUCAGAACUUUGAUGUUUAAAAGCAUACAUUUAUGCAAAGCUCUCUUAACAGCUUUCCACAGAAGUUUAAGGUCUGGACUUUGACAUGGCCAAAGUGUUGGUAGUAGGAAAGGUGUACUUAUUUUUUCUAAAUCUUUUGGAUUGUAUAAAAUGACUACAUACUGAAAUAUAUUGUUUUUGUAGUCAUCUAAGUAUAUUGUUUUGUUUAUAUAGAAGACAGGGGGGAUCACAUAUUAUUUAGACAGUGGAAAACAAUCAUAGAAUUAAAGAAAGAUAAAUUUUCUUAUACCCCAUCCAUUUACAUUUAGAUUUUUACAUUUUGGAUGUUGUAAUGAGUAUUUUAUAAGCUGUUUUUGUUUAUAUUUGUGCAGACAUUUGUCUGCAAAUUUUCUAAUAAAAGAAAAUAAUAUUU